AUGCUUUUUGAUUUUAAUGGCAUGCUUACAAAACAUCUUUUUCUCGCUGUUUUUCUUAUUCAUUACUCUCAAGGAUUCGUAGCGAAAAAGCAGAAACCGAAAGAUAUAGUGGAGAUGGAACAAGAACGACAACGAUGGGAUGUGAAAGCACAAACGAUGCCGAUACGUAGCCAUCCGGAUGCUCAUGGAAGGCUUGCCUCAUGGAUUCAACAAAACGCCCGUUCCUAUUUACCGAUCCGUCAUCCUCAAACUACGCUCGACGUUCACGUUAGCGCUGGUCUCUACCAGAUAGUGGAUUUGGAUCAGAAGAACAACCUAGCUACCGUAUCAGCAUAUUUUGAUGUAUGGUGGGUGGACGAAUUUCUCGGAUGGAAUUCCACGGAUUAUGAAGGAAUCACUAAAAUAUUUGUACCAAUGACUUGGAUAUGGAAACCGGAAUUCUACAUGUAUCACAGUGUGUACGGUCGUGUACCGGAAUAUGCGCCAGAUGCACCAGCUCAGAUCCAAUCGGACGGUCGUGUUCGAAUGUUCGUGUCGAUCUCAUCGAAAAGCUUCUGUCCCAUCAAUUUCAAACGAUUCCCGUUCGAUUCGCAAACAUGCUCCUUCUCGGAAGUGAGGAAAGCAUUAGCCGAUGUGUUUUCCUUUGAAUUUGCCAAUCGUUUCGAUACUUUCACUGUUCCUGGAUGA